GGUCCUUCCCAAGUAUUUCUGCUUUACGCACUCCGAAGCCAAUCCAAUUCAACAUGAUGCGAUCGCGCAUCGCAGGAUGGUGGACACCCUCUUCUCAGUCGCGGGACUUGAGAAUUGUGGCAGACAACCCAACUCCAGACGAUGUGGCGUUCAACAAAGAUCGAGAGAUGAUGAAGCUGGCCAGGACGGUCGUUGAAGCUGAUGCACUGUGCGUCUCGUUGAUGGCCAAAGGCAUGUACGAAAUACGGCGCGCCGGCGGCGAUGUCCUGACGCUAAGAUCGACCUCUCUCGACACCGUCACGGAGGAGGGUUUGUACAGACAUGCCAUUCGAGCCAAGGAACUGCAGCAGAGCCCAUCAGAGUACUGCAGCGUCCUCGAAGGCUUGUACAGUGCUGCUGGACACUCCGAACAAAGAACGAUGUCGGUUUUGGAGAUUACGGAGAUGAAGGACGAUAAGCUCUCCUUGGCUUGGCACGGCCCAGUCUCGCAACUUGUCAGCGAUCUAUGGGGCUUCCGUGUCGAAGGCAAGAGUGUCUCCGCCUCCUACCUCAAAGACAAGAGAUUUGGUGAACUCUGGGACAAUAUCCCGUUUCUCAUCAGUCGCUCCCAGGACGACUAUAGAAUCUAUCAGGACGCGCAAAAGCUAAAAUCGGCUGUGAAGAGAGCAGCAGAUCUUCUGGAACAUUUGAUAAAGUCACAGGUUCGCGAGAUAGACGAGGGGACCAUUCUGGGGAUCUGUGUGCGCGCUUUAGCCGUGGAGAGGCUGUGGACGUUCUACAACAAUUGCGGCAAUGAUUAUUUCACACGUGACGCGCACAUGGACCGGUGGAAAGCUCGUAUGGAGAGAAUCACGAAUGUUGGAGUCUACAAGAACUUUCUCUCCAGCGGCAAAGUUCACGAGCGCAACGAGCAGAACGCAAAGAUUUCCAGGCAGGAUACCACGCCAAGUGUCUUACCCCCAAGCGACAGCUUAGCUCGUAACUUCCAUCAACUCGCCUUGAUCUCAGGCCUGGUCCUACUUGCUUUUGCUGCAGUGGCAGUGAAGUCCUCGCAGCAGUCCGAUGAACCAGGAAGCCUUGAGGAUGCAGAUUUCUGGUGGCUGCUAUGCAGCUGUAUGAGCCAGGUCUUCUCCGUGCUCUUUCUCGUGCUACCUUUACGGCGGUCGAUCAUCAGAUUUCGGCGAUUGCCUGCACGUGUGCUGGGUCUGCUUGUGGCAACUAGCAUCAUCUUAUCGGCGACAUCUAUUCCUACCUACCUGUACGCGACAAAGACAAUCAGCUCUGUCUUUGGACUGGCUGCAAACGUGGUCUUGGUUGGACUACAAGUGCAAGUCUCUAUGACUGCCCUGGAUGCCAUCGGCGCAAAGGAAAAGGGCCAAUGAGACAUCUGUAUGGAAGUAUCAAGUAUGUUUCUUUGGCCUCGUGGCAUGGCGAAAUGAGUGCCCAAUCUGCCACGACCAGCAAGCUUGGGGUACAGACUCAAGGCGCUCUUGAGCUUAGAAUCGCUGCACUCAAAAUAUCGUUUGUUGCAGUCUUGAUCCUGGAGCCAACUCUAAUGGUUAUCCACCGGCAUCAACCGACUGGUGGGGCUUCGGGGUUGCUGUUCUGCGAAGGUAGGCAAAGCUUAAGCAAUAUCACAACUGUCGAAGAUCGUUCGUCUCAUGGUGUUGCUGUGUCUCUUGGAAGAGAUACCAUUCUCG